AUGGUGCCUUCUUCUACAUUCUCAAGAAUAGCCUUCAAUAUUGUCGUCCUCGGAAGAACUGACAGUCAUCGACAUGUCAUAUUUUGUAUGAUUUUAACAUCAAAAAACAAUUAUAAAACCCGAGGACGUGCAGUCUUGGAUACGUGGGGCAAAAGAUGUGACAAGACAUUUUAUUUUGUCGGAAAAGUCAUAGCGAACGAGUCCUUCAUAACCUCGCUGAAUAUCAACGAUGACUACGAACAUCUCCCUUCAAAAACAUACGGCGGACUGAAAUAUAUCGAAGCCAAAUUUCACGACGAAUAUGACUGGAUUGUCAAAGCAGACGACGAUACAUAUAUUAUUGUGAACAAUCUUCGCCAAUUCCUCGUUUCUGAAGAUCACAGUCGCCCUGUUUCAUUUGGACUCAAAUUCUACAAAUAUUUCCCCAAUGGAUAUUUCAGUGGGGGAGCCUCCUAUAUUUUGAGUAGAGAGGCUGUAAAGAAAGUGAUUUCUGCCAAUAAGGCAGAGGUAGUGGCUUAA